ACAACCACAGCUGCCCCUUCAACUACAACAGGGGCUUCAACAACAACCACAGCUGCUCCCACUACAAACACAGCUAUACCUAUAACUACAACAGCUGCUCCCACUACAACCAAAGCUGCCCCUUCAACUACAACAGGGGCUUCAACAACAACCACAGAUGCUCCCGCUACAACCACAACUGCACCCACUUCAACGACAGAUGCUCCUACUACAACCACAGCAGCUCCCACUACAACCACAGCUGCCCCUACAAGUACAACAGCUAGUCCGAUUACAACUGCAGCCCCCCAUACAACGACCACAGCUGCUCCCACUACAAUCACAGCUGCCCCUACAACUACCACAGCUGCUCACACUACAAGCACAGCUGCCCCUACAACCACCACAGCUUCUCCCACUACAACAACAGAUGCUCCCACUACAACCACAGCUGCUCCGACUACAACCACAGCUGCGCCAACCACCACCCCAGCUGCCCCUACAACCACAACAGCUGCUCCCACUACAACCACAGCUGCCCCCACAACUACAACAGAGGCUCCUACAACUACAUCAACUGCACCUACAACUACAACAGCUUCUCCCACUACAACCACAGCUGCCCCUACAACUACCACAGCUUCUCCCACUACAACCACAGCUGCUCCCACUACAACCUCAGCUGCCCCCACAACUACAACAGAGGCUCCUACAACAACCACAGCUGCAUCUACAACUACAACAGCUUCUCCCACUAUAACCACGGCUGCCCCUACAACUACCACAGCUGCUCCCACUACAACCAUAGCCGCCCCUACAACCACAACAGCUUCUCCCACUACAACCACAGCUGCUCCCACUACAACCACAGCUGCCCCCACAACUACAACAGAGGCUCCUACAACAACCACAGCUGCACCUGCAACUACAACAGCUUCUCCCACUACAACCCCAGCUGCCCCUACAACUACCACAGCUGCUCCAACAACAACCAUAGCUGCUCCCACUACAAUCACAGGUGCUCUCACUACAACCACAGGUUUUCCCACUACUACCAUUGCUGCUCCCACUACAACCACAUAUUCUCUCACUACAACCACAGCUGCUCCCACUACAACCACAGCUGCCCCAACAACUACCACAGAGGCUCCAACAACAACCACAGCUGCACCUACAACUACAACUGCUCCCACUACAACCACAGCUGCCGCUACAACCACCACGGAGACUCCAACAGCUCCAACAUCUUCUCCCACUACAAACACAGCUGCUCCCACUACAACCACAGCUGUUCCCACUACAACCACAGCUUCUCCCACUACAACCACUGCUUCUCCCACUACAACCACUGCUUCUCCCACUACAACCACAGCUGCUCCCACUACAACCUCAGCUGCCCCCACAACUACAACAGAGGCUCCUACAACAACCACAGCUGCAUCUACAACUACAACAGCUUCUCCCACUUCAACCACGGCUGCCCCUACAACUACCACAGCUGCUCCCACUACAACCAUAGCCGCCCCUACAACCACAACAGCUUCUCCCACUACAACCACAGCUGCUCCCACUACAACCACAGCUGCCCCCACAACUACAACAGAGGCUCCUACAACAACCACAGCUGCACCUGCAACUACAACAACCACAGAUGCUCCUUCUACAACCACUUCUUCUCCCACUACAACCACAGCUGCUCCUUCAACUACAACAGGGGCUUCAACAACAACCACAGCUGCUCCCACUACAAACACAGCUAUACCUAUAACUACAACAGCUGCUCCCACUACAACCACAGCUGCUCCAACCACUACCACAGAGGCUUCAACAACAACCACAGAUGCUCCCGCUACAACCACAGCUGCACCCACUUCAACGACAGAUGCUCCUACUACAACCACAGCAGCUCCCACUACAACCACAGCUGCCCCUACAACUACAACAGCUAGUCCGAUUACAACUGCAGCCCCCCAUACAACUACCACAGCUGCUCCCACUACAAUCACAGCUGCCCCUACAACUACCACAGCUGCUCCAACUACAAGCACAGCUGCCCCUACAACCACCACAACUUCUCCCACUACAACCACAGAUGCUCCCACUACAACCACAGCUGCUCCCACUACAACCAAAGCUGCCCCCACAACUACAACAGAGGCUCCUACAACUACAUCAACUGCACCUACAACUACAACAGCUUCUCCCACUACAACCACAGCUGCCCCUACAACUACCACAGCUGCUCCCAUUACAACCACAGCUGCCCCUACAACCAACACAGCUGCUCCCACUACAACCUCAGCUGCCCAUACAACUACAACAGCCCCUCCCACUACAACCACAGCUGCCCCCACAACUACCACAGCUGCUCCCACUACAAUCACAGCUGCCCCUACAACUACCACAUCUGCUCCCACUACAACCACAGCUGCCCCUACAACCACAACAGCUUCUCCCACUACAACCACAGCUGCUCCCACUACAACCUCAGCUGCCCCCACAACUACAACAGAGGCUCCUACAACAACCACAGCUGCAUCUACAACU